AUGAACUCCUCUUCUGACCUUUCUGACGCGCCUGACUCCGACUCGGCCUCGUCCUCAGACGAGAGUGGCGACGCCACCUAUCACCCUCCCAACGCUGCUCCCAAGGCCAAACGCCAAAAGACCAGACACACUCGGCAGUCCACUGCUUCCAGCUCGAGACCAACGAGGCCCAGACGCAAAGUCAAGAAAAGCACUAGCGAGUGUGAGAAGGGUAAAGCCAAAGCCGCUCCCAAGCCCAAGGCCAAGCCCAAGCCCCGCGGGACGAAGAGGAAGGAAAGGUACGACGAAGACGAGGACGACGACGAAGAUGACAGCGUGGACGACGCCAACGAUGAGACGGACCAAGAGCAAGAUCAAGACGUAGACCUGGCCGAACUCGAGUACGACAGUAAAAGCGAGUCCUCGUAUGAGGGCGAGGACCCAAUCAAGCCCCCCUGGGACCGCAAGUGUAAUGGCAACUGCAAAGGGUUCAACCGCGGUGACCUGUGCGUCCCGUACCAAACCGACAUGCGGUAUUGGGAAUGCUUGUAA